AUGGCUGGAGUGGAGGAAGAGAGCAGAAAAUCAAGUGAAGAAUUCACAGAUGAAUCCGAGGAGGAGGACAGCGAGGAAGAACCUAAGCUGAAAUAUGAACGCCUUUCCAACGGCGUGACAGAAAUCCUUCAGAGCGACGCAGCGAGCUGUAUGACUGUCCAUGACAAGUUUCUUGCUUUGGGUACACAUUUUGGAAAGGUCUUCCUGUUGGACAUCCAAGGGAAUGUCACUCAGAAGUUUGAAAUUAGUUUGGUGAAGAUCAACCAGAUCAGCUUGGACGAGAGCGGCGAGCACGUGGGCAUCUGCUCCGAGGACGGCAAGGUGCAAGUGUUCGGCCUGUACACUAGAGAAGGCUUCCACGAGAAUUUUGAUUGUCCAGUUAAAGUGGUGGCGUUACACCCCCUCUUCUCCAGAUCCAACUACAAGCAGUUUGUCACUGGUGGCAACAAGCUCCUCUUGUACGAGCGUAACUGGAUGAAUCGUUGGAAGAUGUCCCUUCUGCACGAAGGCGAGGGCACAAUCACCAACAUCCAGUGGAGAGCCAACCUCAUUGCUUGGGCUAACAAUGUGGGUGUCAAAAUCUACGACAUCAGCACCAAGCAACGAAUCACCAACGUGCUGCGGGACAAUGUCAGCUUGAGGCCGGACAUGUACCCAUGCAGCCUGUGUUGGAAAGACAACAGCACCCUUAUCGUGGGCUGGGGGACCUCUAUUAAGAUUUGUGUUGUCAAGGAGCGAAAUCCUACAGAUAUGAGGGAUCUACCCAGUCGUUACGUGGAAAUAGUUUCUGCCUUCGAGACGGAGUUCUACAUUAGCGGACUAGCCCCGCUAGCGGAUCAGCUAGUCACCUUGUUCUUUGUGAAGGAGAACCCAGAGCACAUGGACGAGGAAUUCCUAGCGCGGCCUCGCCUCGACAUCAUCCAACCUCUUCACGAAACUUGCGAGGAAAUCUCGUCGGACGCACUGACCGUGCGCAACUACCAGGAUAACGAGUGUCGUGACUACCGACUCGAACAUUCCGAAGGCGAAUCACUGUUCUACAUAAUCAGCCCCAAAGACAUCGUGGUAGCUAAGGAGCGUGACCAAGACGACCACAUUGACUGGCUGCUGGAGAAGAAAAAGUACGAGGAGGCGCUGAUGGCUGCCGAAAUAAGCUUCAAGAACAUCAAGAGGCACGACGUCAAGAAGAUCGGAAUGGCUUAUAUUAACCACUUAGUGGAGAAGGGCGAUUACGACAGCGCUGCCAGGAAAUGUCAAAAGAUUCUUGGGAAAAACAUGGAAUUGUGGGAAAACGAGGUGUACAGAUUCAAAACUAUUGGACAAUUGAAGGCUAUCAGUCAAUAUUUACCCAGAGGCGACCUACGUCUUCGCCCCGCGAUCUAUGAAAUGAUCUUGCAUGAAUUUCUCAAAACGGACUACGAGGGUUUCGCCACACUGAUCCGGGAAUGGCCGGGAGAGCUUUACAACAACAAUGCCAUUGUGCAAGCGGUCACCGACCACCUGACCAAGAACCCUAUGAACAGCACGCUGCUCACCACGUUGGCUGAGCUCUACACGUAUGACCAACGCUACGACCGAGCGCUAGAAAUCUACUUGCGUCUACGCCACAAGGACGUUUACCAGCUCAUCCACAAGCACAACCUCUUCUCUUCCAUCGAGGACAAAAUCGUGCUCCUCAUGGACUUUGAUAAAGAGAAAGCCGUGGAUAUGCUUCUGGACAAUGAAGACAAAAUAUCAAUUGACAGGGUGGUUGAGGAACUCGCAGACAGACCUGAGCUUCUACAUGUGUACCUGCACAAACUGUUCAAGCGAGACCACCACAAAGGUCAAAAGUACCACGAGAGGCAGAUCGGUCUGUAUGCUGAAUUCGACCGGCCCAAUCUGCUGCCGUUCUUGAGGGACAGCACUCACUGCCCGCUGGAGAAGGCUCUUGAAGUUUGCCAGCAAAGACACUUUGUUGAGGAGACUGUCUUCCUGCUCAGUCGCAUGGGCAACUGCAAGCGUGCCCUGCAGAUGAUUAUGAAGGAGCUAGAAGACGUGGACAAAGCCAUCGAGUUCGCUAAGGAGCAAGAUGACGCCGAAUUGUGGGAGGAUCUCAUCACCUACUCCAUCGAUAAGCCACCGUUCAUCACGGGACUCCUGAACAAUAUCGGCACACAUGUGGACCCCAUUCUGCUGAUUCAUCGCAUCAAGGAGGGCAUGGAGAUCCCGGACCUUCGGGAUUCCCUGGUCAAGAUCCUCCAUGACUAUAAUCUGCAGAUUAUGCUACGGGAAGGCUGUAAAAAGAUUCUAGUGGCCGACUCUCUGUCACUUCUUCAAAAGAUGCAUCGCACGCAGAGCCGAGGCAUCAUGGUGGACGAAGAGAAUAUUUGUGAAUCAUGCCAUGUGACGAUAUUACCCUCAGACAUGGCCAAAUCUUUCAGCGUGGUGGUGUUUCACUGCAGACACAUGUUUCACAAGGAAUGUUUACCUUCCACAGGAACGACUCCCGGAGUGCAGUUCUGCAAUAUCUGCAGCGCAAAGAGGCGUGGCCCAGGAAGCGGAAUUCUGGAGAUGAAAAAAUAA